AUGGCUCUAAAGAAAUCAUCUCUCUUACUGGAUUCCAGUGAGAGUGAUUUUGAGGAGUUGCCAACAUUUGCCUUUUUGAAGAAUGAACCAUCUUCAACAAAGAGUAGGCAGCCUCAGAGGGAGGAGAAGAUUGUAGUGAUUAACAUGUCAGAUUCCAAGGUCUCCUACCCUGUAUUACCAGGGUGGAAAGAACCACCACCUGUUCCAGACAUGUUGGAAACUGUCACACAAGCAGAGCCAGUCAGGAUGCUGAGCAGUGAAAGUGAAGAUGAAGAGAAAUUUAUUCCCCUGGCUGAGAGGAUCAAGUGUAAGUUUUUGACCGACAAGCAGCUGAGCCCUGAGGACUCUAAAUCCCCAAUUAAAAGUGUCUCGGAUCAUCAAAAUAAUGAAGGAGCAUUAUGUGACUGGAAAAAACAUCCCUUUCCAAAGAUCCCCACUGUUCCCCUCCGUGAUACCUCAGAGAGAAGUGCUUCAGAUACCAAGGAUCCUAUCUUAGACAAUCCAUGCCAUCAGCUUCCAGCCUACCAGCCUACCAGCUUGACAGUAACAGAAACAAAUUCUGAUGCCUGCCUGCUUCAGAAGAGAACCAAGCACAGUUGGAAGGCCCGGGGAAGAGACUGGCAGGGAUGCCAGCAGCGGGGACAGGAGAACCAGAGGGAAAGCACCCUGAGGCAACAGGAGAGGAAGAAGAAGGCUGCACAGGCGAAUAGGCUGAAAGCCCAGAGGCCAGAGGAAUGCUUAAAGCACAUUGCUGCCGUGCUGGAUCCAGUGCUUUUACAGAUGGAAGGUGGGGGCCAGCUCCUCGGGGCGCUGCAGUCCAUGGAGUGCAGCUGUGUGAUUGAGGCACAAGCUGUGCCUCACAGCAUCACAUGGAGAAGGGCUGGGCUGUCUGAGAAUGGAGAGGAGGACUGGACAGAGGAACCAAUGGUCCUGGUGGUGCUCUUGGCAGAGGUGGUUGUGUCCAUGCUCAACAACUUAAAGCAGGGAAGUCUGGGCAGCAACAUGAGCGGGAAGGAAGCACUUCAGAGCUUUGUAAUGGACAUCAGCACAAAGACAGCAGGGAAAGCUCUGUCCCUGGUGAUUGUGGAUCAGGAGAAAUGCUUCAGCGCUCAGAAUCCUCCAAGGAGAAGGAAACAGGGAGUGACAAAUAGAGAGCAGGCCAAGGAGAAGAAGAAGCAGAGACAACCAGAAGCCAGUAUAGGCCCCGUGCCUCUGGUGGUCAGGGUAGAAUUGGAAGAGGCAUUGGUGGAUCUGCAGCUACACACAGAAGCCCAGCUUCGAAUUGUGCAGAGCUGGAAAGAGCUGGCUGACUUUGCUUGCACAUUCACAAAGGCUGUGGCUGAAGCGCCUUUCAAGAAGCUUCGGGACCAAACUGGUUUCUCCUUCUGUCUGGAGAGUGGUUGGGCUGGCGGAGUGAAGGUGGACUGCUCUGGCAGGGGCCUUGCCUUGGUCUGGAGGAAACAGAUUCAGCAGCUGAACCGAGUCAGCCUGGAAAUGGCCAGUGCAAUUGUGAAUGCCUAUCCCUCUCCUCAGCUCCUGGCUCAGGCUUAUCGACGGUGUUUUUCAGAGCAAGAACGCCAGAAUUUGCUUGCAAAUAUACAGGUUCGCCGUGGGGUGGGAGUGACAUCCACCUCCCGCCGAGUUGGACCAGAGUUAUCUAGACGUAUCUACCUCCAGAUGACAACUUUGCAACCAAAUCUCUCUUUAGACAGUGUAGACUGA